GAUUACAAAUAUUGGAACCAUUUUAAUUGAUUUCCAUUAUUAUUUUCCCGUAUAAAUUCAUUAACUCAAAAGUGAAAAUAGAAAAUUAUAUUACUCAACAACAGAGCAGAAUCAAAACAAGUCCGAGUCGUGCAGCGCCAAAAUCUCUCAAUAAGGCAUUUCGGAUUUCUUAGUCUGCCGGAUUGAAUUGUGAAGUCGCUCCCACUAGCAUUUUCCAAGACCUUAAACCACAAUUUCAAUUAUCUUGCCAUAUCUGAGGCAAUGGCUGCAAUGGAGGGAGUGGUGACGCAAGAUCAAUCCCAGCAACAGGUGCCGGCACAACCAGUAGUAGUGGAGAGGCUGAAUCAGGCAGUGGUCAUGCAGCUGAAUCUUGAAGCUGUUAAAACUCGAGCCAUUAGUCUAUUCAAGGCCAUAUCUCGUAUCCUUGAAGACUUUGACGCAUAUUCUCGGACCAACACCACUCCUAAAUGGCAAGAUAUUUUGGGGCAAUAUUCUAUGGUGAACCUUGAGCUUUUCAACAUUGUGGAUGAGAUAAAGAAGGUUUCCAAGGCUUUUGUAGUCCAUCCAAAAAAUGUUAAUGCAGAGAAUGCUACAAUAUUACCUGUUAUGUUGUCAUCGAAGCUACUGCCAGAGAUGGAGAUGGAUGAUAACUCCAAGAGAGAGCAGCUGCUUCUUGGGCUGCAAAACCUGCCAGUACCUUCUCAGAUUGAGAAAUUGAAGACUAGGAUUGACAUGAUUGGGGCGGCCUGUGAAAGUGCUGAAAAGGUACUUGCUGAUACACGUAAAGCUUAUUCUUUGGGUACUCGUCAAGGGCCUCAAAAUAUUCCAACAUUGGACAAGAGCCAGGCUGCAAAAAUUCAAGAACAAGAGAACUCACUACGGGCUGCUGUGAAUAAUGGUGAAGGUCUAUGGGUGCCUGGAGACCAGAGGCAGAUGACACCUGCCCUUCCAAUGCAUCUGGUUGAUUUGUUGACCACAAGUGAUGGAGUGCACAAUAUUUCUGAUACAUCUGGUGUGUACAUGAAGGGCACUCCACCUUUGUCUUCAAACAACAUCAUUAGUCAGGGAAAUUUGUUACAGGCUUCUGGAGCACAACUCAUGGGUAGACCUGCUGCAUCACCAUCUGGUCCUACCAGUGCUACUUCAUUUGAUAACACCACUGCAUCUCCACUGCAAUAUGCAAACUCGCCUAGGUCUGGCCCAAACAUGAUGAAUACACCAUCCCCUCAGCAACAAACCCAGCAGCAACAGCAACAGCAGCAGCAGCAAAGGCAGAAACUGAUGCAGUUGCCCCCACACCAACAACAACUUAUUGCUCAGCAACCAUUCAGGCAAUCUUCAAUGCAACUGGGACAGUUGACACAGCUACAUGAUUUGCAAGGCCAGUCACAACAAAAGUUUCAACAGUUACAUGGCCAACAUCAGAUGCAAUUUUCUCAGCCAAUGGGACACCAACAGUUUCAAGGCAGGCAGCUGCCAUCUGGACACGUUCAGCACGGGAUUGGUCAGAGCCAACUUGGCCAAGGAAAUCAGUUGAAUCGACAUUUAAGCCAGUUUUCUGGUCCUGCUAAUAGUGCAUUGUUUAAUGCUGCUCAGGGGUCACCAAAUACUCAGAUGAUACCCAAUAUGUCAGCCACCAUGCCUUCCCAAUCGCAUCUUUCACGGAUUCAGUAUGGAUUAGCUGGUAACAAUCCCCAAAGAAGUCAUGCUCCCCAAAUGUUGAAUGAUCAGAUGUUUAAUAUGGGACCGACCAACCCGGGUGGUAUGAUGCCUAUGCAGCAGCAGCAGCAACAGCAGCAACAAGGUGCAUUUGGGAAUAUGGCUCCAAACGCUCAGAAUAUGCAGUCAAACAUGGUAGCACUUCAGAAUGCCCAACAAAACCAUCCCAACUUUACACAACAGAGACAGCAAAAUCAGCAGUAAGGUAGUUUUAUUUACUGGUAGUUUUGUGUUGUAUACAACCACCAUAGGUUGUUCCGCAAAUCAAAUCUUCAGGAAUUAUAUGGGGUUGUGACUUUCAUGUGCAUGUCAUUGAACUUUGCCAGAAUAUAGAAUAUUAGAAAAUUUUCAAGA